CUCUCUACAUUUUUCCAGAUUAAAAAAAUACAAAAUACUUUAUUUACAAGAUGUUUUCCAUCUCCCACUGUUGCGUAACUUCUACAGUGGAAGACUCCUUUUUCUGUUGCACUAGUUGUGCUUGUAAUUUGAAGUAGAUAGAAAUCCUCUACUUCCAUAGAAGGGCUAUACUGAAAUUACUGAUCAAAGCUAGCAGCAGCCUGUAGGCUGCCCAGAGUCGUAGCUCAUGCCACAGAAAAACCAACCCCAAUUUGUCAGCUCUACCCCAUACCUCCACUUCUGGUACAGGACUAGGCUGGACUGGGUACACACGAAUGCAGUUAUAAGGGAGCUUUGCCCCUCACUGAACAAGCACACGAAAACCCCGUCUGCACUAAAGUCUCUCAUUUGCAGGCACCCGGGCUUGCUCGGGCAUCGAUACCCCCCCGGGUAUCUCCUGCCGGGGGAGUUACCCGCAGCUCUGCAGCCGGAAAAGGGAAGUUUGGGGCGGUGCGUUGCUCCCUCACCUCCCCUUCCGCAGUCUGCUCCGCCCCGGGUUGCUGUGGAGCUGGGCCGCCGGGUAGGUGAACGUUGCCCGCGUACCCUCCCAGUUUUCAGUAUGGCCGUGGACUGGCUGGGCUUUGGCUACGCCGCCCUGGUGGCAUCAGGAGGGCUCAUUGGCUAUGCAAAAGCAGGUAGUGUCCCGUCGCUAGCUGCUGGCCUUUUCUUUGGGAGUUUGGCUGGACUGGGUGCCUAUCAGCUCUCACAGAAUCCAAAUAAUGUUUGGAUUUCUCUGAUUACAUCUGGAACACUGACUGCCAUCAUGGGAACAAGAUUUUACAACUCUGGAAAAUUCAUGCCUGCAGGGCUAAUUGCUGGUGUCAGUUUGCUAAUGGUUGGAAGAUUAGCACUGAAGAUGAUGGAAAAGCCCCAUGAUAAAUAACUGUUCGUUUUACAGUUUAAUAUCUGGAUAAGGAAACCUGAUAAUGAAGUUGCAUGAAUGCAGAAACAAGAAGAUGGAAUAAUUUUCUAUAUCAAGACUUUUUUUUUUCCCCCCUUUUUUUAUAUAAAGGGGAGUAGAAUGAUGGGACAGAUUGUUUACAUACAAGGUGUCAUUUGUUUCAGUGUUCUGGUAGAGCUAUUACUGUGUAGUGAGAACCUGGUCCUGAGUUUGAUUUUUCAAGACACAUUUCAGUGCAUAUUAACACUUCCAGUUUUCAUACUCCAAAAUAUACUGCUGACAUGUAUGAAGCAGAGAGGACCUGUAAUUAAGAAAGUAUCCACAAAGAGGUACCGGGCGUAACUGGCUAAAUAAAACAGUGUUUGAACAUGCCUUUCAUACAGUAUGCUUUACCUGUUGCAUUCUGAGUUGAUACACCAUGUCUGUAUAACACCAAACAGAUCUUACCUUUUUAUUGUGAAAUGAUGCUAAAAUGUUGCUUUUCUACAAGUAAAAUCUGUUAUAAACCA